AUGACGUCUCGAAAUGCUCUUAGAGUACUAGCAAAUGCCAUGUUGCUGAAGCCAAGUACGAGGCAGACAUUCGUAGAAAUGGGCUAUGAAUCCAAGUUGUGCGAUGUCAUGAAGCGGGACAGUUUUGAUGAUGAGUUCCUCGUUUCACGAAUCUUGUUUCUCACAACCUAUGAGACGAAUAUAAAACUAGAGCCCAUCAUCGAGCAGUACCACUUGGCAGAAAUCAUGACAGAGAGACUGGCCAAGCAUGUGGCCGUCGUCCAGGGCCAGUCGACCAAGGCUGGUAAGGCAAAGGCCGACCCGAUGGAAGACAUGGCUCUGGCAGAGAUCUUGAGGCUCCUCUUCAACGUUACUCACUUCUGCAGCGAGAAGGUCACCGCCUUCACGCAAACAAUCCCUCAUAUAUUAGUUCUCCUACUCAAGCGAGAUCUACCCACAACAAAACCGUUGGAUCCACCUUUUGGAUCUUUGGUAAAUACUCUCAUCAACUUGGAUUUAUCCAGCGAAAAUGUACAGUCGAGUUUCUACCCAGAGAAUGACCCAAAUGCCAUUGCUACGAAACUCAUCGAACUACUCGACCUAUCGUUGAAGCAGUAUAAAGAUAAUGACCUGGAGCAGACGGUGACACCACUUGUCGGUGUCAUUCGCACAGUCCACGAGAAUGGCCCACACGAUGUCCGCCAGUUCAUUCGGAAUAGACUACUUCCUACAGAGGAGGACCGUAAUGAGGUACUGGGUCACAGCGAGACGCUGGCUUCAAGACUACUCCGCAACACAACAAAUCCACUUACCCCCCAACUACGAGAACUCAUCUCGCAUCUUCUCUAUGAGAUGUCUGACAAGGACCCAUCCAAAUUUGUCGAACACGUCGGCUAUGGAUUCGCCUCGGGCUUCCUCUUCCAGAACAAUAUACCGGUUCCUGAGAGUGCGUCCGGAGGCAGCGUUGAUGAAACGAAGAAAGCAUUCAAUCCGAUCACGGGACAGUUCCUUGACAGAGAGAAGUUUGCAGAUGUUCCUGAGAUGACAGACGAAGAAAAGGAGAGAGAAGCAGAGAGACUCUUCGUUUUAUUUGAAAGACUCAAAAAGACCGGUAUCAUCGAUGUGGAAAAUCCAGUCACAAAGGCGUAUCAAGAAGGCCGCAUUCAGGAGCUUGACGACGACGAGAAUGUUGUGGAGGAUCUAGACUAA